AAAAAUAUAUCCAAUCACUUCCUAACAAACAGCUUCAGCUCCUACCAAUUAAAAAAUGGCUGCCUACAAGCAAUGCCUCGCUCUUACUUUGAUCAUGGCAUUGUCACUGUCAAGCAUGGAUACGAGCUUCGCCACUCGUCGCCUCCUGGACACCCCAGAACCAGCGGCGGCACCACCACCAGCGCCAACACUGCCCACUAUUCCAUCUCUUCCGAAGCCAGGAGCUAUUCCCCCGCUGCCCGGGAUGCCAACUCUGCCAAAAGCCACAUUGCCACCAUUACCGACAUCUCUGCCGACAUUGCCAACAGCCCCAACUCUGCCAAAGCCCACAGCAUUGCCACCUUUGCCAAAUAUUCCGACAGCAAUCCCCACACUGCCCACAACACUACCAAAGGUGACAUUACCUCCAUUGCCUGCUACUACAGGACUUCCCUCAAUUCCCACAAACAUUCCAACUACAAUUCCCACAAUUCCUAUUACAAUUCCUAGUAUUCCAGGAAUUCCUUUCCUUUCCCCACCCCCAUCAACCACAAGCCCUUGAAUCAUGCAUCUUUGCCACAGAUUGAUUGCUCUGGAGUACUUUCUAGAUGCUGAGUGUUGGGAAAUCAUGCGAUUGUCCAUGAUUCUUAUUAUUAAUUCUUUCUAUAGACUUGAGUGAGUCCACAUGUGUUAAUUAUUGUCUUAGCCAUGGUUUGGGAGGCUUUAUAUACAUGUAUCUCAUGCACUUUGCAGUUGUUUUUUCUUUUUUUUCUUUUUUCCCUCUUUAUAUAUACAUAUAUAUAUGCUUAGUUAUUUAUUUUAAUUUUGGAGUCUGCCGGUGCCCUUCUUGUUGUUAUUGUUGCUAUUAAAUUCCCAUAAA